UGCAGUGUUAGUAUGUUAGGGUAAUUCUACUAGACCAUCGAUCCGAACAGUAAAACUCAGAUCCUUUGAGGACAGAAUACUUCUUACUCUGAAGAACAAGCAGCAAAUCUUUCUGAUUUAAAAUGAGUACAAUGCUGGAAACCCCCGAGCUGCCAGCAGUGUUUGAUGGUGUGAAGCUGGCUGCAGUCGCCGCUGUUCUCUAUGUCAUCGUUCGCUGUCUGAAUCUAAAGAGUCCAACUGCUCCUCCUGAUCUCAUUUACCAGGACUCUGCCCUGUCACGCUUCCUGCUCAAAUCCUGCCCACUUCUGACCAAAGAGUACAUUCCACCCAUGAUCUGGGGGAAGAGUGGACAUAUCCAGACUGCUCUCUAUGGGAAGAUGGGGCGAGUAAGAUCACCACAUCCUUAUGGACUUCGCAAGUACCUCACAAUGUCAGAUGGAGCAACAUCAACCUUUGACCUCUUUGAGCCCCUGACUGAACACUGCAUCAGAGAAGAUGUCACAAUGGUCAUCUGCCCUGGAAUCGCUAAUCACAGCGAGAAGCAGUAUAUCCGCACUUUUGUUGAUUAUGCUCAGAAAAAUGGUUAUAGAUGUGCUGUCUUGAAUCAUCUGGGAGCUCUACCAAAUAUUGAGCUCACUUCCCCACGCAUGUUCACGUAUGGUUGCACCUGGGAAUUUGGAGCCAUGGUUAACUACAUCAAGAAGACCUACCCUCAGACCCAGCUAGUUGUGGUGGGCUUUAGCCUGGGUGGAAACAUUGUGUGCAAGUACUUGGGAGAGACCCAGGCCAACCAGGAGAGAGUGCUAUGCUGCGUCAGUGUUUGCCAAGGGUACAGCGCAUUAAGGGCACAGGAAACCUUCAUGCAGUGGGAUCAGUGUCGGAGGUUUUAUAACUUCCUCAUGGCAGACAACAUGAAGAAAAUAAUCCUCUCUCACAGGCAAGCCUUGUUUGGCGAUAGUGUUAAGCAGUCCCACAACCUAGCAGACUCAGACCUGAGCAGACUCUACACAGCAACGUCCCUCAUGCAGAUCGAUGACACCAUCAUGAGGAAGUUUCAUGGCUACAGUUCCCUGAAAGAGUAUUAUGAAGAGGAGAGUUGUCUGCAUUACUUACACAGGAUCUAUGUUCCUCUCAUGCUGGUUAAUGCUGCUGAUGACCCUCUGGUACAUGACAGUCUCUUAUCAAUCCCAAGAGCUCUGUCAGAGAAACGGGAGAACGUCAUGUUUGUGCUACCACUUCAUGGAGGCCAUCUGGGCUUUUUUGAGGGAGCUGUACUAUUUCCUGAACCUCUCACGUGGAUGGAUAAGCUUGUGGUACAGUACACCAAUGCCAUCUGCCAGUGGGAGAGGAAUAAGUCUCAGUGCUCAGAUACAGAGCAAUCGGCAUCUGGGCAGGAGUAACUACCCCAAAGACCCACUUGGAUUUGUUUCACUAUAUUUCCCUCUUCUGGAACUCUUGAGUUCCCUCACCUGCUUUUUCAGGUUUCCAUCCUCUUUGUGACAUCCUGGGACUGGGGUUUGGCCACAAUGUUUCCUUCUGAAAUGGAGAUACAACAGAGGAAUAACUGGCAUUGUGGAUCUUUGUGUCUCCUUAUGGGUUUGCAGUACACUGCUGCAUUUGAAGAACUAGCUUGCUGCUUUUGUUUGCUGGUUAGGGCUUGCUGCAGGAUUCUCAUACUGUGAGGAAGUAGAAAGUCCCAGUACUGCUGACCUUCAGGUUAUUCUUCCACUGGUCAGGACUCUUCACUGAGUUAACAGAAUUUGUUUAGCUGUGGAUGAGUUGUGCUGGGAGCUUCAUUUCCCCCUCUGGUCAUAUCUCUCCUGACACUAGGGAGAACCCUGAAUCAAUCCAUAGACACCAGCAGUUCAGUCUGGAGUCCACUGAUAUGUGGCUUACAAAAAGAGUGAAACUUUUGAGUGACAAGUAGACCUUCAGCCUUGCACAUCUCAUAAAGCCCUCUUGCCUUUUCCGGCAGUGCCCAUAGCAGGAUGCAGAUGGGUUAGGAAACACAGAGCAACUUGUCAGAGCUUUAGCUCUUGCAAGGGUGGCAGCAUAUUCUGCUACCCCUGCAUUUUUCUGAUGACCCUCUGCAUAUAGAUGAGUUACAUGUUGGUCAUUCAUUGGAUUUCCUGCUAUAUAAACACUCUCACACCAAGACAAAACAGCCUUCUUGUGACACUUGCCUUUUUUAAUGUAAAAAGUUUUAUUUUAUCACUGUAUUUUUGUGUUUUAAUCCAGGCCUUUUUGAAACGGGUUCUGGUUAAUGCAUUGAAACAGCUGAUUGUCAAUCGGUGGGGUAUAUCCAUUUUGUUUGAAAAUAUUUCAGAGAAUGAAUACACCCUUUCUUAAGGAGUGUCUGUGGGGGGAGAUCAUCAAUAUCAGUUCUUGCUUCUUCUCUCCUUUUGUAUGUGCCAGGGUAGAAUGUUCCAAAAUCUUUCCCCUAAACUUUCAGAGCAAUGAAUGGUUUUGUUUUUCAGCCAUAUGACUUGCCUUGUAGUUGAUGGGAACUGAAUGUCUCUAGCCCUGCAUAGCUAAAAUGUUUCUCUGUAUGACUGUCCUCACAGUUAUUAGGAUCUGGUGAGCCUGUCUAUGUCCAGCUGGGCAUUUGUAUCCUCCUGGCUUUAACACCCUUUCCCCACCCAGAAUGUCCAGCAUCAACUUCAGUUAAUGCUCAAGAUGAAGUGUGGUAAUUUGAAAGUCACUUGCAUACUUUCUUCAAGUAGGAACUGAUACUAUACUGUGGCCCAAAGGGCUCUUUUAAGAUAAACACCCUAGAAGAAGAACUCCCCCAUGACAAUCAAAGAUCUUAAUUUAAAAAUAGAAACAAUCUGUCUAGACAGUGGAACUUUGUGGUCAAACUUUGCUUUACUUUCAAUCCUUCGGUAUCCUCAUCUCAUUAUUCCAUCUUUGUGAUUCCUUUCAUCAUCCAUUUACUUCAUCAUCUGCGUUCCUGUCAUGCUGCUCUCACCAAUUAGCACUUUAUUGCUUUAGCCUUGGUUUUGUGUUCUAGGCACUUUAGUUGAAGCUUAAGGAUAAAACACCCUGCUGAAUUUCAGUCCUGUAAUACUAGUGGAAUAAGCUGCUUGGGCCACAUGGUCUCUGAACUUCAGUAGAUUGGAGAGAUUUUUGUUUAACAAAGCAAUAAUUAAGUACUGUAGCAAAGGUGUAUUAUCAUAUCAGGAAACUAACUCCUUCAGUUUGCCUUAGGCCAGCUGCCUUGGCCUGUUCUAAACAAACUGUGGUUACCCUGUGCAUUGUUGUGGUUAGAGUUCAGGUUCUGCUUUUGUUCUAGAAGUAGAAGAAAUGAUCAUGCAAAGCCACAGCAAGAUUUGGGCACUCUUGUGGCUGGUUUCAAGGAUGUUUCAGGGCAUCAGUUAAGGGCAUCUUCGGAUGGUGUUUGUGUCUCUUUGUGCUCAUCCUCUUGUCCAUAACUCAUCCACAAAUCAGCAGAAUAAUCAUACUGGGCAUUCAGAUUUUGAACGUGUCCUAGUUUCAGUAGCUGUUGGUAUAAAUAAUUCAUGGGACAUAACUUAGAAUAUCAGUCACUUUUUAAGAAGUUGAAUAUAAGCCCCUGUUAUUUAUACCCAUUGACAUAGAUACAUGAUAUCAAUGUGUGGAAAUGUGGAUCUAAUAUAUAAUGGAUUUGAACUUAGCUAGCUCUGUAGUUGUUGUUCAUAGAACACCAGCUAUGCAAGAGACCAGACUGCCCUUCCCACAGUAAAGAAUUCCCUCUACAGAUCACUGUGUGCAUUCAUUCCUCCAAACCCUGCAUAGCUGCAAAUAGGAGUAGUCACUACAGAUGGUUCUAAGAGAACAGAAGUCCUCCUUAGCACUCAUCAAACUGUUGAAGCUUCAAAAAGCAGGCAGAACACAGACAUUUGGAUAUUUCUUGAUGUAUUUGAAGCACAAAAUGUUUUUGCCGUUUCCCAAAUAGUUGCUUGAGAACUUGAGUUGUUUUCUCUAAUAAAAUAAUUAUGAACUUCCCUCUACAGUAUAGCUGGGUUUACAGCAAUACUAAACUAAGCCCAGUUUUGCAACUCUUCAAAACUUUCCUGUAAACUCAUUGCAUUGCCCUUGCUUGCAGAACGUCAGUUCUCAAAAAGUAAAUGAAGAAGGCUUCCUUCCGUGGUGGUAACUUGUAACCAUUUUCCAACGGAAAUAAAAGGGAUUGUUGUUUUGGAGGAGCUUGCUUUGGGUGUUCAGCUCUUUAGCUGCUGAGCUCAGAGUUUGCGGUAGUAUACAUUUAGUGUUAAGAAUCUGCCCCAAGAGGAGCUCUAUCUCUAUGGAUGCAGCAAGGGAGGCUUUGACUUGAAAAGGCUUUGCUCCAUGCUGUUUGUGAUGGCAUUUGGUCUCCUGUUUCUUAGGGCAUGGAGAAAAAUGGUGAUGUCUUUGUCUCUUCAAACACAGAGAUACAGUUUAGUGUAACUAACUAUGGCAGGUGACCAGGCAGUCAAUGACUUCCAUUCUUACUGAAUACUAAAUGUAACUCCUCCUUCAAUGAGAAGAGCUGCUGGGGGAAUUCCUAAACCAAUGAGAGUUCCUGCUUGUCCAGUCAAAUUGGGCAGGCAAGCAGAGAUUCUGCUAUUGGAGAAUCCUUUCAUGAGGAAAAUUCCAGUUUUCUUUCACCACUGUUUGCAGGUGAACUCUGUCACUGCCUCUUUCUUAGUGAGCUGAUCCUUCCUGCAGUCAUUCCAGGAGAGAGAGCAUAUCUCUGUAGAAAGUAAAGCCUGUUUCAUGGCUAGACUAGGUGCUAGAAGAUCUUGAAGACUUAAGGAAAUUACCAGCAUCUGUUCCUCCUCAGAGGUAGCAACAGGCAAAAACUCUUCUCUGUCUUGCUGCUUGUAUAGAUUUCCAUAACAUGCACUUACCCCUCACUAUCCAAAUACAGAUGCACUCACCUAAGUCUGAGACUUCAGGAGCACUUAGCAUCCCAGACAUCUGGAGUGGUUGCUUCAGCGGGGAGGUGGGGGGGAUGAGAAAUGGAAGUAGACUUGAGUCUUGGUAUUCUUGCUACAAUAGUUCUUGCAUCUUCAGGUGAGCUGUCUAUGUUCUCUAAUGCACUUGAAGCAGUUGUGUUUGUGUUUGGAUUAAUGCUAGCAGUUGUGAAAGUUGGCUUAUCUAGUUUUGGGAGAAAAGGGAAGGAGUUAUUUAAGGCUUUUGCUAUGCAUGUUAAGGUUCUCAUUUGAGUUUUGAGACUUAAGUUCACCCAACAAGAUUUUUGUAGCUAGAAAGGUUUAAUAAAAACUCCUCCUCGGGGUGACUUAGCGUGUCUUUGAAUGCAUAGGCCGGGGCCAAGUGGUGUAAACUUUUAAGAGCUUCCUUGACUUACUGGAAACCAUAUCUGGUAGCUCAUUUCUUCUGCCUCCCCUCUGGCUAAAAAUCUGCUUCACUACAUAUUACUAUAUUAAGGUUUCUGGAGAGGGGACUUCUUGUAUUAAACCCUACAGCUGGAGUGGACAGUGCACACGUUUAAAAAAGGGUCUGCCACUAAAUAUCAGUCCUAACUUAGUCUCCCAUGCACUAUGCUAGCAGUUGUAAUGUGAUGUGGGUAUAUGCAUACCAGGGACCAAAUUGAGACCAUCAUGCUAAUAGCAUAUGACCUAGUUCAGUUUUGUGCUCUUUCCUUUAGAGGUGAAAGUCAUGUAUGUGCAUUCCAGGCCAGCAGAGAGAAUUUUUUCCACAAGAGCCUCCUAAAAUGUUCAAAAAAACCUCCCACAUUAGUUAUAGCAAGUAUUCAAAGUGUAAACCUCUGAAUACUUCCUGAAAUAGCCUGAUCAUGCACAUGGAACAAUGCAGCUCUUCUCUUUAGAUCAGCUGAGUGAGAUGGAAGCUAACAAGCGGAUUUUCUGAAUUGAUAGUUUCAGAUUGAGGAAUUAGAGGUAAAAUGAAAUAAAUGUCACUAGGGCUCUAUUAACUAGCACUUAGCAUCGUAAAUUUGUGUAUCUCAUCAUUGGAUAUCAUUGGCAUUUAGAAACAAACAUCAGAAAGGGACUCUUCUACUUAGGUUGCAUCCAGUUCUCCCUGAACAGUUAGACUGGUCCAGCCUUCCUUCCACCGUUACCAGGUAUCUGAAGACAUUUGAACUUUGCAGGGGACAGUGGGCCGUGCUGAGACUUAGAGCAUGAGGAACUUGUAUUCUUUACCUCAGAUCUCCCAGAAUCUUUAAUAGCCAUGCUCUAAUGUUCUCCUUUUGAAGAGUUUGACAGGGUUUCCUGUUGCAGAUGCACCGUGAAGGCACCUGAAACUCUCUGUAGUCUUCUCCUCAGCACUUCUUGGCAUUGAUUCUUGUUUAUCAAGAAGUAUUUGUCUCAAAUUGUGAUCACUAAGUUAUAACAUAGAGUACUGAAAUCCAUGGCACUUGACUUCAGCCAAGCUACUUUUUCUUCGUCCAUCCCAGUUCUGUUGAAGAAUGUAGUCCACAGCCCUUUAGAAACCUAGUGCCUUUCCCUUCAUUUCUCUCGCUUCCUUCUCCACAUCAAGACAGUGGCAGCUUUCAGUAAUAUAUAUCCGCGGUUCUGCUUGUUGCUGUGAUCUACAGAAAGCAAACACCUGACUUUUUGGCUUCUGGCAUCAAAGCUAAAAGCAGCCUGGCUGUGGGUGAAAUGUCACUGAAAGAUGGGUGUGUGCUGAGCUAGGAAAGGACUUUGGGUUUGGGCAGCUUAAAAUGAGCUAUAGUGUAUGUCCUUAUGGCUUAAAAUUAUAACUAUAUAAGCAGGAGAUAAUUAUACAUCUGACUUCUCCUGCCUAUAGAAAUGUAAGGACUGACUCAUAGUUAUUGACCAAAACAUGAACAUGUUUCCUUUCCAAAAUCCAAAAGAUCCCAUGUUCUAAUGAGCUAACUUCCUCAGUUCACUAGCUUGUUGGCCAAAUAGUGUACAGCAAGAGGUGUGGUCUGUCUCUUUAUCCAAUACAUCGAGUGCAUUUGGGGGAUUUAUUGCCAAAAGUAGUGACACUGCUCUCUGGGCAGCAAUGCAAGGAGCUUCCUGGAAAUGUUGUGCCUCUCUGGGAUUUAUUGAUGGUUGUAAAACUUCUUUACAAGGAACCUAGAAAAGGACCCAGGCUUGUGUUAGUAGGCGGUGUAUGGACAGCUGUGAUGCAAGCCAUUCAGAAGGCUGUGUGUGUCCAUUGCUUGUUUUGAGUCAGACACCAUGUGCCCUUCCAUUGGCAGUUGUGUAUGUUUGGGUAGCGUGCAGUAGCCAUAGUGACUCAGAACAGCAAUGUUUACUGCAAGAGUCCAAAUCUAGGCAGAAAGCAAAUUGCUCUUGGUGUGAGUACACUGUUUUCAAAAGGCUGUUCAGAACAGAAAUUAGGGUGCACCAAGCAGCUUACAGAGAAGUGCCUUGCAGUGCUCCAGGCCCCCUUUUUUGCAAGACAUGAUCCUGCUGCUGUGUCCUCUCUGUUUCCAUCUGGACUUGUUUUCUCCUAACUCUGAUGAUUUGGCUGAGGUGCAGUGACAGAGAUCAAAUUAUCCGUUAAUCAUCUGGGUACUGUACUUCAUUUAAAUAUUUGUAUCCUUAAAACAUUUGUUUGCUGGUUAAAUCCAAGGGCACAAUCACUGUAUUAAAGGGCAGCAUUGUCCGCAUGGGGGCUGCAAGAGGAGACAACCUUUACCAAACAGAUCCAAUGGCUGCAAGAAGAGUUCAGCCCUGCUUCCUCUGUGUGUAGGCUUAUUUUCUCACCAACUUCUAGCAGCCUGUUUAGCUCUAACCCUUUUGGGGAGCAUUCAGGUCUGAGUCCCAUAAUUGGCUGCAUAAGUAGGGGCGUAUGCAGCCUGUUAUUUUUGUGUGACUGGCAAGCAUAUUGCAAUGCAUCUGUCUUGUUAUGCAGAGAACAUGGCUAUGAUCAGAGGAGGUAGGACAUCAUAUCAGAGUGAUCAGUAAAAGCAUGUUCUACCAGAGUACUAUACCUUCUGGUGGUAGCUGCCAAUUGGGAGUCCUAAGAAGUAUGGCUGAUAGGCCAGAUUUAGUUAAAAAAUGACUAUUUAGUUCAGGUGAUGUUCUCCAAAACAGUUGAUUUUUCACAACUGUUCAGCAAUUGUCUCUAGUCCCAGAUGUUAGUUUGCAACAAACCUGCAUUUCUCUUCCCAGAUGCCCCCAAGCAGAGGGAAGGGGAAGGGAGGGUAUCCUGACACCUCAGGAAGCCAGAUCUGUAACUGUGCCCUCUUUGAUUUCUGCCAAUGCAGCUGCCUUAGUGGAGUGGGUUGAGUGUAACUUUUUUUGGUGUCUUUGAACUCUUGCUAUUCAACUGAAAUUAAAAAAUUAUGAGAAAUUUUGCUUCCAAAUAGAAUAUCUGGAAUCAUUAUUUCGACAUUCGUGAUCCUUUUAACUUUAAAUGUUGCCCAGAAAAGGUUGUGUUGGUAUGCUGAGAGCUGCCCCCAGCUGCCAGAUUCGGAGUCAGAUUUUCAGGAGCUGCCAGCUCCUGGGAAGAAGAUUUGCAACUAGCAAUGCAAUUUUUCUAUAUCUGGUGACGUUUACCUUUUAAAAAGCUAUAAAAUGUGUCCUUGAUUUAUUUUUCUUGUUAAUUUGUUUUGUUCUUUAUUCUGAGUAAUGUUAACGAAGGUCAUUGCAAAACAAUGUAAUUUUGUUAUCUUUAAUUCAAUUGAAUUUCUUUACUUAAAAAAAUAAAGGACUCACU